ACAUUCCGUCUCGACUUUGCGUUGGUAUCUAGCAUGGCAUCCGCACGAAACCAGUUCUGUUCGAGGCGUCGAAGUGUAAAGAACGUUUUAAUUAUUAUGAUAAUUCGUACGUGAAAUCGUGUGUUGUGCGGUUCGAAUCGGAAUCAUGAUGGAAGACCCGACGCAAGUGUUGUUUACGGAGUUACCAGUGCCCUUGUUAUCUACGGCGGCUUUACUACGCCACCACCAUACAAGGUACCAGCCGUACCACCUUCCGCACAGGUUCCAUAUUCAAGAAUUCGUUCAACAUCGAACUUACGAUGAAGAACAAACGGAACUCGAUUCUGGAAAAACUCAUAUUUCUUGUUUGUACCCGGAGAUUUUGGCGAUUAUUUUUAGUUAUUUGGAUGUGAGGGAUAAAGGGAGGGUGGCACAAGUUUGUACUACUUGGAGAGAUGCUGCUUAUAAUAAAUCGGUUUGGAGAGGAGUCGAAGCUAAAUUACAUUUACGUAGAGCUAAUCCGUCGUUGUUUGCCUCUUUAGUUAGGCGAGGAAUUAAAAAAGUACAAGUUUUGAGUUUGAGAAGGUCGCUCAGGGAUGUUAUUCAAGGCAUACCAAAUUUGGAAUCUCUGAAUUUGAGCGGUUGUUACAACGUUGCCGACGUUGGUAUCUCCCACGGAUUCGCAUCCGAAUGUCCGUCGCUCACCCAAUUAAAUCUCUCGUUGUGCAAACAAGUCACCGACAAUUCCUUGAGCAGGAUUGCUCAAUAUCUGAAGAAUCUCGAAGUGUUGGAAUUGGGCGGGUGUUGCAAUGUUACCAAUACCGGUUUGGUGCUGAUCGCUUGGGGAUUGAAGAAACUCAAGAGGCUGAAUUUGAGAAGCUGCUGGCAUAUCAGCGAUCAAGGUAUUGGACAUUUAGCUUUCGGGAAUCAAUCAUUGGAAUAUUUAGGUCUGCAGGAUUGCCAAAGACUUUCGGACGAAGCUCUGAAGCACGCGACCGGUUUAACAUCGUUAAAAUCGAUCAACCUCAGUUUUUGCAUCAGCAUCACCGACAGCGGCCUAAAACACCUGGCGAAAAUGUCGAAUCUUCGCGAAUUGAAUCUUCGUUCUUGCGACAACAUCUCCGACAUAGGUAUGGCGUAUUUGGCGGAAGGCGGUUCGAGGAUAUCUUCGUUGGACGUGUCGUUUUGCGACAAAAUCGGCGAUCAGGCCUUGGUGCACAUCUCGCAAGGUUUGUUCAAUUUGAAAAGUUUGUCUUUGAGUGCGUGCCAAAUUUCGGACGAAGGUUUGGCCAAAAUAUCGAACACUUUGCACGAUUUGGAAACUUUGAAUAUAGGACAAUGUAGCAGAGUGACGGAUAAAGGUUUAACGAACAUAGCCGAGGCGCUCACUAGGUUAAAGUGUAUAGAUUUGUACGGUUGUACUAAAAUAACUACCGUCGGACUAGAAAAAGUUAUGAAAUUGCCGCAGUUGAGCGUUUUGAAUCUCGGGUUGUGGCACGUUAGGUGAAACGCGUUCCUCUAGAUAUCUGGAUGAGUUUUACGAAGUUGGUCGAUGCGCGCGCUUCUCUCUAUCGACGAUUGUUGUUGUUUGUUAUUUUAUUUUUGGUUUUUUUUUUUGUCGUUCGAAUGAUGGGCAAAAAAAAUACGGUGAUCCGGUGAUAAUGUACGUAUGGUAUAAUUUUCUCGAAAAAAAAAGUGACUUUGAAACAAAUAAUGAACGUUGGCGACGUUGGGAAGAAAUUUUUUCUUUAUAUAUUGGUUGAAUUACCUUGUAAAUGCGAUUAAUUUCGAAAAACGAAUUAUUUCUUGGGUUCUACGACUAAAUAAGUAAAUGGCAACGAUGUAUUACGUAUAAAUUUGACUGGAUGUUGAUUUUUUUCAAAAUUCGACAUUUUUCUUUGCAUCUAAUGAAAUAUUACCAAAUUUGACAACGUUGCAAAACAUUUUCUCGAUAUUUCGAUUGAUUCUUCUCGUAUUUUCGAAAAAAAAAAUCAAAAUCUAAAUUAUUUCUUGAGUUUAAAGACAAAAUGAUUGAAUGGCAACGAUGUAAAACAUAAAUUCUCCUCAAUAUCAAUUUUUUCAAAAUUCGACAUUUUUCUUUGCAUCUAAUGAAAUAUUACCAAAUUUGACAACGUUGCAAAACAUUUUCUCGAUAUUUCGAUUGAUUCUUCUCGUAUUUUCGAAAAAAAAAAUCAAAAUCUAAAUUAUUUCUUGAGUUUAAAGACAAAAUGAUUGAAUGGCAACGAUGUAAAACAUAAAUUCUCCUCAAUAUAAAUUUUUUUAAAAUUCGACAUUUUUCUUUGCAUCUAAUGAAAUAUUACCAAAUUUGACAACGUUGCAAAACAUUUUCUCGAUAUUUCGAUUGAUUCUUCUCGUAUUUUCGAAAAAAAAAUCAAAAUCUAAAUUAUUUCUUGAGUUUAAAGACAAAAUGAUUGAAUGGCAACGAUGUAAAACAUAAAUUAUCCUCAAUAUCAAUUUUUUCAAAAUUCGACAUUUUUCUUUGCAUCUAAUGAAAUAUUACCAAAUUUGACAACGUUGCAAAACAUUUUCUCGAUAUUUCGAUUGAUUCUUCUCGUAUUUUGGAAAAAAAAAAUCAAAAUCUAAAUUAUUUCUUGAGUUUAAAGACAAAAUGAUUGAAUGGCAACGAUGUAAAACAUAAAUUCUCCUCAAUAUCAAUUUUUUUAAAAUUCGUCAUUUUUCUUUGCAUCUAAUGAAAUAUUACCAAAUUUGACAACGUUGCAAAACAUUUUCUCGAUAUUUCUAUGGAUUCUUCUCGUAUUUUCGAAAAAAAAAUCAAAAACUAAAUUUUUUCUUGUGUUUUAUGACAAAAUGAUUGAAUGGCAACGAUGUAAAACAUAAAUUCUCCUCAAUAUCAAUUUUUUUAAAAUUCGUCAUUUUUCUUUGCAUCUAAUGAAAUAUUACCAAAUUUGACAACGUUGCAAAACAUUUUCUCGAUAUUUCUAUGGAUUCUUCUCGUAUUUUUGAAAAAAAAAUCAAAAUCUAAAUUAUUUCUUGAGUUUAAAGAUAAAAUGAUUGAAUGGCAACGAUGUAAAACAUAAAUUCUCCUCAAUAUAAAUUUUUUUAAAAUUCGACAUUUUUCUUUGCAUCUAAUGAAAUAUUACCAAAUUUGACAACGUUGCAAAACAUUUUCUCGAUAUUUCGAUUGAUUCAUCUCGUAUUUUCGAAAAAAAAAUCAAAAUCUGAAUUUUUUCUUGAGUUUAAAGACAAAAUGAUUGAAUGGCAACGAUGUAAAACAUAAAUUCUCCUCAAUAUCAAUUUUUUUAAAAUUCGACAUUUUUCUUUUCAUCCAAUGAAAUAUUACCAAAUUUGACAACGUUGCAAAACAUUUUCUCGAUAUUUCGAUUGAUUCAUCUCGUAUUUUCAAAAAAAAAUCAAAAUCUGAAUUUUUCUUGAGUUUAAAGACAAAAUGAUUGAAUGGCAACUAUGUAAAGUGCACAAUUUCAAUUUUUUUUUCAAAAUUCGACAUUUUUCCUUGUAACUAAUAGAAAAUUACUAAAUUGGCAACGUUGGAAAAAUUAUUUUCUCAAUAUUUCUGUUGAUUUUACUCGUAGUUUGAAAAUAAUUUGAAAACCUGAAUUAUUUCCUCCGUUCCACGACAAAAUAAAUAAAUGGCAACGAUGUAAAACCUAUAAAUUCAACUCCAAAUUUGGCAACAUUGGAAAAACACUUUUCUCAAUAUUUCGAUUUGUUUACAACGUUUUGCAAAGAAAUUUUUCAAAUCUAAAUUAUUUCACGGGAUCUAAGAUAUAAAAAGUGAAUGGCAACGUUGUAAUACUACUUAAUGCCUUGAACAUGAUCCUGUUGUCCAAAAGAAAUUUUUUUUUGCAGUCUAGUGAAAGAAUACUAAAUUGGCAACAUUAGUUAAAAAAUUUUUUUAAACUCUAUAAGAACAUCAUAUCGAUCUCAAAAUAUUUCCUUGUAUCUAGUAAAAUAAUUAUAAUUUGACAACAUCGUAAAAAUAUAAUCAAUGACAAUAUUAAUUGAAUUACCCUCGUACACUUGAAGUGAUCUUUAAAAUUUAAAUUAUCUCAUUGUUUUGGGGAAAAAAUAUAUAAACGACAACGUUGGAAAAUAUUUUGUCAAUUUUUAUCUAUCAUCUAAAAUAAAUUGAAAUGUAUGCAAAGAAAUCUCAAUAAUAAUUUAUCUGAGAAUCCAAGAAAUAAUAACUGAACGGCAACACUGUAUAUUGUAAUAAAUUAUCGUUGAUUUGAUUGUUUUUGUUGUAAUUAUUGUUACAUAAGGGAAAAAAUCGUUUUUGUUUAUGAGUCACUUUUCGAAAAUAUUUAAAUAUUCGAAUUUCGUAUCGAGAUUUGCACAUUCCAAAAAUUCGUACUUGCAAAAAAUACUGGAUAUCUAGUGGAAGCGCAUUUUGAGCUGUGAUAGAAUUUAUAAUCGAAUGACGUAAAGUAAGAUUAAGAUUAACUUUUUAAGUUUUAUCAAGUGAUUGUUUCAAGUGACAUUAUUACACUCGUUUAUUUAUCUAAAAGCAGCUGAUAUGCAAAACAUUUCUGCAUUCUUCUUAGUUUACAAUCGAAUCUUAAUUUCGUGUCCAUUUUGUCGAACGAAGUUGCACAUACCGAAGGUAUUUAGCAGUGAAAUCACGCGGACAAAGGCGUACACACAUCGAUUGGAAUUUCACGAUAAGUUUCUGUUUUUUUUUAUAUCAUAGUUUGUUUGGAAAUUAGUAAAACUAAAAAAAUUUCAUCGAAGUGUUUAGUUCGUUUUCUCCUGAAUCUUAUAACCGAUUCUAAAUUUUUUUUUUACAAAUUGUAGUUUGAUUAUUCGGGAACGUCACUGAUUAGAUAUCGUCGUCGUUUAUUUCGUUUUUGUUUUAUACGGGGGUGAUCAAAAAUAUUGAUUAUAAAUUUUUGUUUAGAACACCCUGUAGAUUGAAUCGUUGAUAGGACUGACUAUUUAUGGAAACUCGAAUGUUGUUUAAUCUUUUCUGAGCAUUUUCUUUUUAUUAUUCAAUGCAAUAUUUUGAUUUAGAGAGAAAUUACAACAUUUUAUAUAUUUUCAGUACCAACUGAAAAAUUUUAACAAACUUUGUAGUGCAUUCUCUCUUGAAUCCUUUGGCCGAUUCCAACAAUUUUUUUUUCAAAUUGUAGUUUCUUUCUUCGGGAACGUCGCUGUCUAGAUAACGUCGUCAUUUAUUCCGUUUUUCGAUUUAUACGAGGGUGAUCAUAAAUAUUGAAAAUAAAUUUUUGUUUAGAACACCCUGUAGCUUGACUUGUUGAUAAGACGGACUGAUUAUGGAAACUCGAAUGUUGUUUAAUCUUUUCUGAGCAUUUUCUUUUUUAGUCAUUGCAAAAUUUUCAUUUUGAGAGAAAUUACAACACUUUAUAUGUUUUCAGUACCAACUGAAAAAUCUUAACGAACUUUGUAGUGCAUUUUCUCUUGAAUCCUUUGACAGAUUUCAACAAAUUUUUUUUCAAAUUGUAGUUUAAUUCUUCAGGAACGUCGCUGUUUAUAAGCCAUCGUCAUUUAUUUCGUAUUUUGUUUUAUACGGGGGCGAACAAAAAUAUUGAAAAUAAAUUUUUCUUUAGAACACCCUGUAGAUUGAAUCGUUGAUAGGACAGACUAUUUAUGGAAGCUCGAAUGUUGUUUAAUCUUUUCUGAGCAUUUUCUUUUUUUAUUCAAUGCAAUAUUUUGAUUUAGAGAGAAAUUACAACACUUUAUAUGUUUUUAGUACCAACUGAAAAAUCUUAACGAACUUUGUAGUACAUUUUCUCUUGAAUCCUUUGGCCGAUUUUAACAAUUUUUUUUUCAAAUUGUAGUUUCUUUCUUCAGGAAUGUCGCUGUUUAUAAGCCAUCGUUAGUUAUUUCGUUUUUUGAUUUAUACGGGGGCGAUCAAAAAUAUUGAAAAUAAAUUUUUCUUUAGAACACCCUGUAGAUUGAAUCGUUGAUAGGACAGACUAUUUAUGGAAGCUCGAAUGUUGUUUAAUCUUUUCUGAACAUUUUCUUUUUUUAUUCAUUGCAAUAUUUUGAUUUAGAGAGAAAUUACAACACUUUAUAUGUUUUUAGUACCAACUGAAAAAUCUUAACGAACUUUGUAGUACAUUUUCUCUUGAAUCCUUUGGCCGAUUUUAACAAUUUUUUUUUCAAAUUGUAGUUUCUUUCUUCAGGAAUGUCGCUGUUUAUAAGCCAUCGUUAGUUAUUUCGUUUUUUGAUUUAUACGGGGGCGAUCAAAAAUAUUAAAAAUAAAUUUUUGUUUAGAACACCCUGUAGAUUGAAUCGUUGAUAGGACAGACUGAUUACGGAAACUCGAAUGUUGUUCAAUCUUUUCUCAACAUUUUCUUUUUUCAUUCAAUGCAAUAUUUUGAUUUUGAGAGAAAUUACAACACUUUAUAUGUUUUUAGUACCAACUGAAAAAUCUUAACGAACUUUGUAGUACAUUUUCUCUUGAAUCCUUUGGCUGAUUUUAACAUUUUUUUUUUUCAAAAUGUAGUUUAAUUCUUCAGGAACGUUGCUGUCUAGAUAACGUCGUCAUUUUUUCCGUUUUUCUAUUUAUACGGGGGCGAUCAAAAAUAUUGAAAAUAAAUUUUUCUUUAGAACACCUUGUAGAUUGAAUCGUUGAUAGGUCGGACUGAUUACGGAAACUCGAAUGUUGCUUAAUCUUUUCUGAGCAUUUUCUUUUUUUAUUCAUUGCAAUAUUUUGAUUUUGAGAGAAAUUACAACACUUUAUAUGUUUUUAGUACCAACUGAAAAAUCUUAACGAACUUUGUAGUACAUUUUCUCUUGAAUCCUUUGGCCGAUUUUAACAUUUUUUUUUUCAAAAUGUAGUUUAAUUCUUCAGGAAUGUCGCUGUUUAUAAGCCAUCGUCAGUUAUUUCGUCUUUUGAUUUAUACGGGGGCGAUUAAAAAUAUUGAUUAUAAAUUUAUGUUUAGAACACCCUGUAGAUUGAAUCGUUGAUAGGACAGACUGAUUACGGAAACUCGAAUGUUGUUCAAUCUUUUCUCAACAUUUUCUUUUUUCAUUCAAUGCAAUAUUUUGAUUUAGAGAGAAAUUACAACACUUUAUAUGUUUUUAGUACCAACUGAAAAAUCUUAACGAACUUUGUAGUACAUUUUCUCUUGAAUCGUUUGGCCGAUUUUAACAAUUUUUUUUUUCAAAUUGUAGUUUAAUUCUUCAGGAAUGUCGCUGUUUAUAAGCCAUCGUCAGUUAUUUCGUCUUUUGAUUUAUACGGGGGCGAUUAAAAAUAUUGAUUAUAAAUUUAUGUUUAGAACACCCUGUAGAUUGACUCGUUGAUAGGACAGACUGAUUACGGAAACUCGAAUGUUGUUUAAUCUUUUCUGAGCAUUUUCUUUUUUUAGUCAUUGUAAAAUUUUCAUUUUGAGAGAAAUUACAACACUUUAUAUGUUUUUAGUACCAACUGAAAAAUCUUAACGAACUUUGUAGUACAUUUUCUCUUGAAUCGUUUGGCCGAUUUUAACAAUUUUUUUUUUCAAAUUGUAGUUUAAUUCUUCAGGAAUGUCGCUGUUUAUAAGCCAUCGUCAGUUAUUUCGUCUUUUGAUUUAUACGGGGGCGAUCAAAAAUAUUGAUUAUAAAUUUAUGUUUAGAACACCCUGUAGAUUGACUCGUUGAUAGGACAGACUGAUUACGGAAACUCGAAUGUUGUUUAAUCUUUUCUGAGCAUUUUCUUUUUUUAGUCAUUGUAAAAUUUUCAUUUUGAGAGAAAUUACAACACUUUAUAUGUUUUUAGUACCAACUGAAAAAUCUUAACGAACUUUGUAGUACAUUUUCUCUUGAAUCGUUUGGCCGAUUUUAACAAUUUUUUUUUUCAAAUUGUAGUUUAAUUCUUCAGGAAUGUCGCUGUUUAUAAGCCAUCGUCAGUUAUUUCGUCUUUUGAUUUAUACGGGGGCGAUCAAAAAUAUUGAUUAUAAAUUUAUGUUUAGAACACCCUGUAGAUUGACUCGUUGAUAGGACAGACUGAUUACGGAAACUCGAAUGUUGCUUAAUCUUUUCUGAGCAUUUUCUUUUUUUAUUCAUUGCAAUAUUUUGAUUUUGAGAGAAAUUACAACACUUUAUAUGUUUUUAGUACCAACUGAAAAAUCUUAACGAACUUUGUAGUGCAUUUUUUGUGAAAUGUAAGUUUUCGUUUGUGAUUUUACGAAAAUUAUUAUAAUGAAAAGUAUUUGGGAAACAUUCGUUCAAUAAACACACCGAAUAUUCUACUUGUAAAUUCGACUUCAAGUUGCCUAACUGUAAAUUUAGUAAAAUGUGAAAAUUGCUAAAGCAUGACGCAAGUUUUAAGUGAUUUGUUUUGGUUUUUGUGUUGGAUAUUGUGAAAAUAGGUUACAUAUUGUUUGAAAUUUCGAUUUCACUCCACACCAUAACAAAAGCGAUUCAAUACGAUCGUAACCUCGUGAAAAUUGUCGAAAUAGUGACGUGCAAAUCGGAAAAAAAUCUUUCCCAUUUCUCAAUCAUAUAGUGUGAUCAAAAAAAAUCACCAAACUCUCAACUUUAUAAUCACCAAACUUAUCUACCGGAAUUAUUACAAAAUUUCCUUUUUUUUCUUUCAAAAAUCACUCCAAACAACAAAUAUGGUGAAUUUUCUUUCAUGAAAACGCAUAUUUUCGAAAAUUUUGAAAACAGAACGAAAACAAAUUCAAUUAACGCAUAUUUUUAAACUUUUAUCCAGCUCUAUUCCACCUACUCAUUCUCUAGUUCGAAAUGCUACAGUACAGCGCCGGUUUGGUGACCAUUUAUACAGUGUAGGUCAGAAUUUGAUUCGUUUAGACUUGGCGUGUUGGAAAUACGAUUUUGAUUCGGUAAAUUUGCUUUUUAACUUGCAAUCUAAUCAUUUUUCGUAGCGUAUAAGUUAUAAAAAUGAUGAAUAAACGAGUGUAAUCAUAUAUCUAAUGUAAUCAAACGAAAAAUAUUGACCAAAGCUUAAAAUAUAAUUCCAUCAAACGAGGGAUGUAGUUGAACCAAAAUUUUUACCCCGGCAACGUGUAUUAUAACAUUUUGAUGUCGCUAAUAAAUAAAAUAGGGGUUUGGAAUAAUAUCAACCCUGUUAUUUAAACUCGAUUGGGAUAAAUUUGAAAUUUGUACAAUAUAUUUAUGGUAAAAUCGAAUUUUGUUUAUUAAAAGUGAAUGGUAUCGUUAGGAUUAGAUAAGGACGAUAACAAAUGGGAUAACUUUAAUAUUUUUUCGAUAUUUUCAUCAAAAAAUAAAUCUACAACGUUUAUAAACAAGUUUUUACUAAAAAUAUUAUACGGUAGGUUCGGAAAUGAAAUAUUUAAUAUAUUAUUUCAAAUUUCAAUCAUUUGAUCAGUCUGAGUAGUUUUAAACAAAAAUUAACUCGAUAUUUUGUAAUUUUUUCAUCGAAAAAUGAAUCUGGAAUGUUUCUUAGUGUAGAUUUUUAACCGAAACAAAAUUUAAAAAGAUUAGGAAUAAAAUAAUUUCGAUGUUAAUAAUUUUUUUACCAAAAAAAUGAAUAUAGCUUGUUUCUGAGUGUACUUGUAGCUAGGUUUAUCACAUUUUCAACCUAAAACUACUAGAAAAAUUAAAUGAUUCUUAUUUAACUUCAAUUUUUGUUCGAGUGGUUAAUCUGAGACGUUCAGAAGAGUUUUGAUUCCAAAGUUAAUCGUUUUUGACCGAUUUAUAAAAAUUCCAAGUGGGAUGAAUCCUAGGUUUAGCGUGUUUUUAAAAGGCAGGAAACCUUAUUAAGUUUAGAAAUCGAUAAAUUUGUGAUUUUUUUUCCAAAAACGAUCGGCUUGUUAGUCUGGAAGGUACAAAAUUGAAAUACAAGUUGGGUUUAUCUCGUUUUAAACAAAAAGAAAACCUACAAAGUUUCAAAAUGGAAUUAUUCCUAGAUUACGUUAAUUUUUGGUCAGUUAGGAUGUUCAGAAAUGGAGUAGUUUCGAUAUUCAUUGUUUUUCACACAAUUCUAAUUGAAUCAAAUCCUAGGUUUAUCGAGUUUUGUACCAAUAAUUAAACCUAUAAUUCGGAAUAUCUAGUUUCAUCCAAUACUUGAUUCUCUGAUUAGUUUGGAAGGUUUAAAGUGGAGUAAAUCCUAGGUUUAUCACGAUUAAACUUUAAAAGUGGAGUAAAUCCUAGGUUUAUCACGUUUUCUACCAAUAAUUGAACCUAGAAAGUGAAGAAAUUGAAUAAUUUUGACUUUUACUAAAUAACUGAUCCUCUGAUUCAUUUGGGAGGUUUAAAAAUGGAACAAAUCCUGGGUUUAUCAAGUUUGAGGUUCAAAAGUGGAGUAAAUCCUAGGUUUAUCACGUUUUCUACCAAUAAAAAAACCUAGAAAGUGAAGAAAUUGAAUAAUUUUGACUUUUACUAAAUAACUGAUCCUCUGAUUAGUUUGGGAGGUUUAAAGUGGAGUAAAUCCUAGUUUUAUCACGAUUAAACUUUAAAAGUGGAGUAAAUCCUAGGUUUAUCAAGUUUUGUACCAAUAAUUGAACCUAGAAAGUGAAGAAAUUGAAUAAUUUUAACUUUUACUAAAUAACUGAUCCUCUGAUUCAUUUGGGAGGUUUAAAGUGGAGUAAAUCCUAGGUUUAUCACGAUUAAACUGUAAAAGUAUGGUAAAUCCUAGGUUUAGCACGUUUUCUACCAAUAAUUAAACCUAGAAAGUGAAGAAAUUGAAUAAUUUUGACUUUUACUAAAUAACUGAUUCUCUGAUUCAUUUGGGAGGUUUAAAGUGGAGUAAAUCCUAGGUUUAUCACGAUUAAACUUUAAAAGUAGGGUAAAUCCUAGGUUUAGCACGUUUUCUACCAAUAAUUAAACCUAGAAAGUGAAGAAAUUGAAUAAUUUUGACUUUUACUAAAUAACUGAUCCUCUGAUUAGUUUGGGAGGUUUAAAGUGGAGUAAAUCCUAGGUUUAUCACGAUUAAACUGUAAAAGUGUGGUAAAUCCUAGGUUUAGCACGUUUUCUACCAAUAAUUGAACCUAGAAAGUGAAUAAAUUGAAUAAUUUUGACUUUUACUAAAUAACUAAUUCUCUGAUUGAUUUAGGAGGUUUAAAGUGGAGUAAAUCCUAGGUUUAUCACGAUUAAACUUUAAAAGUGAAGUAAAUCCUAGGUUUAUCACGUUUUCUACCAAUAAUUAAACCUAGAAAGUGAAGAAAUUGAAUAAUUUUGACUUUUACUAAAUAACUGAUCCUCUGAUUAAUUUAGGAGGUUUAAAGUGGAGUAAAUCCUAGGUUUAUCACGAUUAAACUUUAAAAGUAGGGUAAAUCCUAGGUUUAUCACGAUUAAACUUUAAAAGUGGAGUAAAUCCUAGGUUUAGCACGUUUUCUACCAAUAAUUAAACCUAGAAAGUGAAGAAAUUGAAUAAUUUUGACUUUUACUAAAUAACUGAUCCUCUGAUUAAUUUAGGAGGUUUAAAGUGGAGUAAAUCCUAGGUUUAUCACGAUUAAACUUUAAAAGUAGGGUAAAUCCUAGGUUUAUCACGAUUAAACUUUAAAAGUGGAGUAAAUCCUAGGUUUAGCACGUUUUCUACCAAUAAUUAAACCUAGAAAGUGAAGAAAUUGAAUAAUUUUGACUUUUACUAAAUAACUGAUCCUCUGAUUAAUUUAGGAGGUUUAAAGUGGAGUAAAUCCUAGGUUUAUCACGAUUAAACUUUAAAAGUAGGGUAAAUCCUAGGUUUAUCACGAUUAAACUUUAAAAGUGGAGUAAAUCCUAGGUUUAGCACGUUUUCUACCAAUAAUUAAACCUAGAAAGUGAAGAAAUUGAAUAAUUUUGACUUUUACUAAAUAACUGAUCCUCUGAUUAAUUUAGGAGGUUUAAAGUGGAGUAAAUCCUAGGUUUAUCACGAUUAAACUUUAAAAGUAGGGUAAAUCCUAGGUUUAUCACGAUUAAACUUUAAAAGUGGAGUAAAUCCUAGGUUUAGCACGUUUUCUACCAAUAAUUAAACCUAGAAAGUGAAGAAAUUGAAUAAUUUUGACUUUUACUAAAUAACUGAUCCUCUGAUUAAUUUAGGAGGUUUAAAGUGGAGUAAAUCCUAGGUUUAUCACGAUUAAACUUUAAAAGUAGGGUAAAUCCUAGGUUUAGCACGUUUUCUACCAAUAAUUAAACCUAGAAAGUGAAGAAAUUGAAUAAUUUUGACUUUUACUAAAUAACUGAUCCUCUGAUUAGUCUGGGAGGUUUAAAGUGGAGUAAAUCCUAGUUUUAUCACGAUUAAACUGUAAAAGUGUGGUAAAUCCUAGGUUUAGCACGUUUUCUACCAAUAAUUGAACCUAGAAAGUGAAUAAAUUGAAUAAUUUUGACUUUUACUAAAUAACUAAUUCUCUGAUUGAUUUAGGAGGUUUAAAGUGGAGUAAAUCCUAGGUUUAUCACGAUUAAACUUUAAAAGUGGAGUAAAUCCUAGGUUUAGCACGUUUUCUACCAAUAAUUAAACCUAGAAAGUGAAGAAAUUGAAUAAUUUUGACUUUUACUAAAUAACUGAUCCUCUGAUUAGUCUGGGAGGUUUAAAGUGGAGUAAAUCCUAGGUUUAUCACGAUUAAACUUUAAAAGUAGGGUAAAUCCUAGGUUUAGCACGUUUUCUACCAAUAAUUAAACCUAGAAAGUGAAGAAAUUGAAUAAUUUUGACUUUUACUAAAUAACUGAUCCUCUGAUUAAUUUGGGAGGUUUAAAGUGGAGUAAAUCCUAGUUUUAUCACGAUUAAACUUUAAAAGUAGGGUAAAUCCUAGGUUUAGCACGUUUUCUACCAAUAAUUAAACCUAGAAAGUGAAGAAAUUGAAUAAUUUUGACUUUUACUAAAUAACUGAUCCUCUGAUUAAUUUAGGAGGUUUAAAGUGGAGUAAAUCCUAGGUUUAUCACGAUUAAACUUUAAAAGUAGGGUAAAUCCUAGGUUUAGCACGUUUUCUACCAAUAAUUAAACCUAGAAAGUGAAGAAAUUGAAUAAUUUUGUCUUUUACUAAAUAACUAAUCCUCUGAUUAGUCUAGGAGUUUUAAAAAUGGAACAAAUCCUGGGUUUAUCAAGUUUGAGGUUCAAAAGUGGAGUAAAUCCUAGGUUUAUCAAGUUUUUAACCUACAAAAUUCAUAAAUUUUGAAUUAACUGAUCAAUCUAGGACCAAUAAAUUUACGUAAAAUAAUUUUCUAACGAUACAAGUUUCACUUAACCUUCAAAUAAAUUACAGGGUGAUGUGAAAGUUCCGGAUCUUUUUUUAUUUAAUAAAAACAUCGAAAAUGGGGUUGCUAAGGUAUUUAAUUCCCGAUAAAACUUCAUCCAAUGUUUUUUCUCCUCCAAUUUGUUAUAUAUAAAUAUAAAUAUAUACGUUGAAAUGGCCAUGUUUGUGUUCAAAAUUAUUUUCGGAAAAUGUUUAAAGUUACAAUGUAUCAUAAUGCCUUGGACAAUUUCGAAAAAUUUUGUAAUUAUUCUGUGUAAUUAAUUUUUGUUUAUAAUUUAAUUGAACGGAAAAAUAUGUGAUAAAAUGCGUUUUUACAAUCAUACUUAUUUUGCACGAAUUAUACAAAGGUUUUCGUUAUGUUUGUUUUUUCCGAUUAAGUUUUUUUCGGCAGCGAAAAUUUUCUCACCGCAAACAAAACAAAAAAAAAAUCCUUCGCCCUUUUUACCAUCAUCGAAACCUUUACUUCAUCGAUGUAAUUAUUCGAUGAAAUUUUUUUUUAUUGAGAACUUGGAGCGAUUUUUGAUUUUUUCGGAAGUCCAGUUGGACGAAUCGGGAAACUAGGAAGGCCGAUACGAAGGUCCUACAGUUUUUCACAUGAUUUUUAUUAGAUUUUUGGAAUCUACGUAAAAUUUCAAUAUAACUUUAUAUAAGGCAUAAUAUGUCGAAAGUCCAUCAUUUUUUAAUUAUUUCACAUUUUCGAAAUUUUUCCACACAUACAGUCCUCCACUAAAAAAAAUUAUAUUUCCAAGUUUAAGUGAGUCAGGUCUAAUAUUUUUGGAAUUUGGAUAAAUAACACUUACAGCUUGCGAAAUCCGUGAAAAUGUUGACAAGAAUUUAUACAGGAUGUUCAGAAAAUGGUGACGAAAUUUCGCUAUGUAAAAACUUCGAAAACUCAAUUUUUUCAAAUGACAACCCCUAUUUUUCUCUUCACCAUUAGAUUCUACGCUUUAAAUUAAAGGGAUUUCGUAAGUAAAUUCAUAUAUCUUAAAGUAACGGUUUUUGUAGAAAAUUGAAAAAACUGAAAUUUUCAUAACGAAAUUCGGUACUAUUUUUUAAACACCCUGUAUAAAUUUUUGUCAAUAUUUUCACGGAUUUCGAAAGUUGUAAAUGUUAUUUAUCCAAAUUCCAAAAAUAUUAGACCAGACUCACUUAAAUUUGGAAAUAUAAUUUUUUUAGUGGAGGACUGUAUGUGUCGAAAAAUUUCGAAAAUUUGAAAUAAUUAAAAAAUGUUGGUUUUUAGACGUAAUAUGACAUAUAAAGUUAUAUCGAAAUUUCGCGUAGAUUCCAAAAAUUUAAUAAAAACUAACGAAAUUUGGGUCUACUUCCGGUAUAACCGGAAGUUUCGUGAAGAACCCUGUACCUGUUUUCGCAGGUUCUGUAUUGAAGUUGUAUCCGGUUCUUCUUUUUUAUCACCAACAUGUGAAGGUAACUCGAUGAUUACAUCGUUGAAAAUCUGUUAAAAAUGUAAAAGAAUUACCCGAAUCUCCAAUCAAAAAUAUAAAAUUUUGUUAUUUGUUGGGGGCCAUGUUAUUUUUUCGAUUCCCGUUUAUAAGGAUAAACAAUUUUCAGAAAAAAAAACGUCCUUCGCUAUUACAACAAUUGAUCGAUCCCAUUGAUAUUAGAAUUUAUGUUUUUUUUGAAAAUUGUUCGCAAUUAUUUGUAAAAAAAAAAUUGUACAGUGAUAUUAUGAUGUAUAUAUACAACAAGCAGUUAUUGAUAUUUGUUACUAUUACGUUAUGUUUUUAUAAAUUGAAACGAAUACAAUUUUUAUUGAUAAA